UUCUUAUAACUGUAAUUUAAUUGUCAAAUAUGAGCUCUGAUGAUCUAGUUUCAAGGCCCCACUAUGACAGCAGGGCUGUGGCUCAGGGAGUCCCGGAGAGGGAGCCUCCUGUUAAGCCGGAUGUCCCGCAGCCGUCCUCAGGCUCAGCCACAGCGGGGUACCGCUCCGCUAAAUCCUCCCCAGAUGAAUGGUUCUCCAACUACCACACCAUCCUUCAACAGGCCGGUACCGAGAGCCACGUAGCCCGGAGCAUCCAACGAGAGUCUAAAACUCUGCACCAGGACACAGAGGCAGACACUCUGAAGACCCAGGCCCAGGGAACGCGUCUUCUGGGGGAGAGACUACAAGAGAUCCACUCCUGGAAGUCUGAGCUGCAGCGGCACAUCGACCAGCUGCUGGCCGACACGGAGUCACUGCUGGCGCUGAAGACGAGGCUGGAGAAGGCGCUGGACGCCACCGAGACUCCGUAUGCCAUCGCCACCGAUAAUCUGAACUGCAGGACCAGAAGACUGGGACCAGACCUGGUCCGAGACACCGUGGAGGAGGAGCUGGUAAAGGAAGUGGACUUGAUCAGGAGCGUCCAGGCUCUUCUGAAGAGAACUAGGGCUCAGGUUGUCAGUCAGAUCAAGAUGAACCGAGAUGCCAAGCAGACGUUGGAGUUGGACUGGUCUGAUAAGUACCAGGCCUACAACUUUGAUGACCACAGUGGAAGAUACAGUAACAUGAGCCCAGAUACACAGCACCACCCCAGCUCAGCCACCGUGCAGGACCAGGUGUGUAACUGCACAUUGUGGACAAAGUUUACACAGGACAACCUGCACAAGGCCUUUCAGGAAGAACAAGCCACCCACAGUCUCAGACUGCUGGUGGAGCGAGUGCUGCAGGACACCACAGACGAUCUGAGAUUCCAGUGCUCCACUGUGGACCGAGCCUUCAGCCAGCGCUGUGAGGAGCUGAUAGAGGCCAAGACCCAGCUGGGGAUGAAGCUCGCUCAGGUCUUGGAGCACAUUGGGGCCCAAGAGAGGAACAUUGUGGCUCUGCAGCAGGCCAUCCACAACAAAGAGGAUCCACUGAGAGUAGCCCAGUCCAGACUUUAUCUCCGCUCCCUCAGACCCAACAUGGAGCUCUGCAGGGAUGAGCCCCAGUUCAGGUACACACACAAACACACUCACACACACACAGUCUCAUCUCACACUAUUGCCCUUUCUCUCUCUCUCUUCAUUUUGUUUGCUUCCUGUGUCUGCAGUUUGGAGGGGGAGGUGAGGCAGAUUGAUGCCACUCUGGAGUCUCUGCACCAGCAGCUGAGUGAGGCCAGAGGCUCCCUGUCCCACCUGGAAGAGUCACGCAUUACCCUAGAGAAGGACAUAAACUGUAAAACCCACUCACUGUUCAUCGAGAGAGACAAGUGCAUGACCAACCGAAAACGAUACCCAGCCGUCUCCACACUGUCAGGAUACUAAGACGACGACUGUGACAUUUGCUCAUUUUAAAAUGGAGAUUGUUUUGUCUGUUUGUUGUGCUGUGUUGUAAGGAUCAGGUAUUGCGUCAUCAAGAAAAGUCAGUUCUAAAGAACAUAUUGUGCCUGACAAUGUGCUGAAUUGAUUUUCAUAUCCCCUUUAAUGUAAUAAGGAAACAACAGUGCAGUGUGGCUUUCUGUAAAUGCUUGUUCAUAAAAGUUCAGAACUUCUUGUAAUUAGUUAUACUGUAUGUUUAGUAAAUAUAAUACUAAAUUAUUAAUUAAUA